CAACAGCGUCCUCGCCUCCCCUGCUAUUCGAGAACGAGUGAGAGAUGCAUCGAGCGUUGGAUGCCGAUACUGUUUCUGGAAUCUAUGCUUGAGGAGAAUCGGUGAGGAAUUCGAUGUAAGUUGAGCUUUGUACACUUUCUCUUCUGCUCCUUGUGAUAUAAACAAGGCCGAAUCGAUGAGGUUUUGUGAGGCAGACAUUGGCGUAUAUAUGGUGGUUUUAGGCAAGGUAAACACCGCCACGGACGUGAGCUCGAGCUUACAGACGCCAUGACCCAGGAUAAAUCACCUUACGCUGCAAUAUCUAACGUUCCUCUAAUCAAGUCCCCAAGUCUUCGGGUGCCUCAACCGGUACAGCUGCCCCCGGAUAUUCACCCUCUUCCUGAUUCUGUAACAGCAUACUUUGCAUAUCCUUUCACUCUAGAACCUCACGUGUUGGCUAUGGAAUCCUCCAGAAGAGAAACCUUAGCUGCACACACCGUGAAGCGCGAGGCGUAUUUAAAUGCACGGAAUGACGAGAAGGAGCGAAGGCGUCGGGAAGCACUUCGGAAGAUUGCACCAGGUUUUGAGGGAUCUGUUUUGGUACCGACAAGAGCGUCUUCCGCACCGGCACAUCCCUUAGAGCAAUCUUCAUCCACUCCAUCCUCUCCUCCACCGGGUCACAGGCAUACAAGAUCAGUAAUGGAUGAUCUAGUAGAUCACCUUGCAGCUUUGGAUUCCAACAAAUCGUCAUGAUAUCACAGUAGAAGGAUAUAUGUAAGGUGAAUGUAGAUAAUAUGUACAUGAUGCGAUAGCACAGCGGGCUAAUCAACCUCCUCUGGUGCCCACAAGACACACCGUCCGCUGGCGUUUCCACUGACUGCCCUCUCAACAAUUUUAGGAUGAGAACAUGUCACAGCUUGUACAGCAGUGAUCCUACAGGGUCUCGAGAUAAUUUGACGAUCAAACUACCCUACAGAGACGGUCAACUUGGGAACUCGGAGAGCGAUGCUAAUUGCGCGAACCUUGCUAGAGAAAAUAUCCAGAGAAUGCUGCAUGUUUCCGACCUAUUGUUGAAUUGACUGGAAUGAGGAGGCGUUCUAGG